UGACAAAUCUUGGACCUGGAGCUCAACGCCUCCUCCACCAAAAUUCACAUCUUCUCUUCUUCUUCCCACUGGCUUAGCUUGACGUUUCUUCGUCCUUGCAACUGCCAGACAUUCAAUUCAUAAUGUCUUCCAAUAUCGCUUCAUGCGCCCUGCGCUCGGCGGGCCGAGUUGGCUUGAGCCCAGCCUUUCGCGUCACUGUAGCUCCUCUGCGAGGUAUGGCUCGUGCAGCUGUCGUGGCGAGGCGCACAUCACAACGUGGAUAUGUAUCCGAGACCAAGAGGGACAAUGCUCAGGUUGAGACGGCUAUCAAGCUCGAUAAGAAGGCCUUUGCUGACAUCCCUCCUCCUGAUACUCCCUCCAAUGCUAGCGUUAGCCCAAUGGCUGAAGUCCUGAAGCAAGCAGCAGUUAUGGAAGAGGGCCAGCGUCCCAUCUACCUCGACAUGCAGGCCACAACACCCGUCGAUCCUCGAGUUCUCGAUGCAAUGAUGCCAUUCUAUGUUGGCGUCUACGGCAACCCCCAUUCGCGGACACAUGCUUAUGGCUGGGAGAGUGAGAAGGCCGUAGAAGAUGCGCGUGAGCACGUCGCCAAGCUUAUUGGUGCUGACUCCAAGGAGAUCAUCUUCACCAGCGGUGCCACUGAGAGUAAUAACAUGAGUAUCAAGGGUGUCGCUCGCUUCUUUGGUCGAUCUGGUAAGAAGAAGCACAUCAUCACAACACAGACUGAGCACAAGUGCGUGCUCGACAGCUGCCGCCAUCUCCAGGAUGAGGGCUUCGAGGUCACAUAUCUCCCUGUUCAGAACAACGGUCUCAUCCGAAUGGAGGACCUGGAGGCCGCUAUUCGACCCGAGACUGCCCUCGUCAGUAUCAUGACUGUCAACAACGAGAUUGGUGUGAUUCAGCCUAUUGAGCAAAUCGGCAAGCUGUGCCGAUCGAAGAAGAUCUUCUUCCAUACUGACGCUGCCCAAGCUGUGGGCAAGAUUCCCCUCGAUGUCAACGCCAUGAAUAUUGACUUGAUGUCAAUUUCUUCACAUAAAAUUUAUGGUCCCAAGGGUAUUGGUGCCUGUUAUGUCCGAAGGCGACCUAGGGUCAGACUGGACCCUCUUAUUACCGGCGGUGGUCAGGAACGAGGUCUCCGAAGUGGAACUCUUGCUCCCUCCCUCGUUGCCGGCUUUGGCGAGGCUUGUCGCAUUGCCAAGGAGGAGAUGGCAUACGACACCAAGCGCAUUAAGUAUCUCUCAGAUCGCCUGCUCAACGGCCUUUUGUCUAUGGAGCACACGACACAGAACGGCGCUGCCGACUCCUUCUACCCCGGUUGCGUCAACGUUUCCUUUGCUUAUGUCGAGGGAGAGUCUCUCCUGAUGGCUCUUAAGGAUAUUGCCCUGUCUUCGGGCAGUGCUUGUACCUCGGCCUCACUGGAGCCUAGCUACGUUCUACGUGCGCUUGGCAACAGUGAUGAGAGCGCUCACAGCAGUAUCCGAUUCGGUAUCGGCCGCUUUACCACUGAAGCGGAGAUUGACUAUGUCCUCAAGGCGGUGCAGGAGCGUGUCACUUUCCUCCGAGAGCUAAGCCCUCUGUGGGAGCUCGUCCAGGAGGGCAUCGACCUGAACACCAUUCAGUGGAGCCAGCACUAAGCAAGCUGUGAUGAUGAUGAUUAUCCGUUCAUCUAGAGUUUCGUGUUCAGCCUUAGUUACUCUGGAUGAAUCAAGGACGUUAAUGACGGUGACCGGCUGAAGCGAGGCUCAGUUGUGUCUGUAUAGCAUACUGUAAUAUCAGAGAUACCUCUUUCUUUUACAUUCUGAGGACGAAAAUAGGGAGCAAUUGGUCAAAGGGGCUUGCAAAUCAUGGGAUGGAUCAAAGGACGAUAAACAGGCGCCUCUCAUUCACAUCAAGCACUGGGAACGUGCUUUGCCUGUUGGAAAUGAAACAAACAAUCGGAGUUGAGUUUGGUUUGAGAUCAAGACUAGAGUCGCACAGAAUGAGACAUGACCAUUCAUUAUUGCG